GAAUACCAGAUCUCUGCAAAUUCCUUCUCUUGGAUUCUUGUGCAACACGUUCACAUGGCUUAACUUCUGUUCAUCACCAGGAGCGUUACCAGGCCUACUUCAUAACCUCAUUCCGAACUGGACAGAGUAAAGUUCCAGUUUGUCAUUAUUGUGAGUUCCAAAUCCCACAGCCAUGACAAAGAGAUCAGCAGAAAUAGAAAUAGAAAUAGAUGAUGAGGAGAAACGGCAUUGCACAGAGGAAAGCAUUGCAGAGCAGACAACUAUCACACCGGCAGAGUUUGUGAGCCAAUCCAUUGACAUCAAUGAACCUGUCGGUAAUCUGAAGAAGCUGUUAGAACCACGCCUCCAGUGCUCCUUGGAAGCACACGAAAUUUGUCUUCAAGAUAUCCUGCUGGAUCCGAAUCGCAGUUUGUAUGAUCAGGGAGUGAAAACUGAUGGCACUGUUCAACUCAGCGUGGAAGUCAUUUCCAGACAAGCAGGAGUGGAGCCGAAGCUUAACAUCCUGGAGAUUGUUAAGCCGGUUGAAACAGUCGAGGUGGUAAUUGACCCGGAUGCGACGCAUCAGGCAGGCGCCGAGGCUCACCUCGUGGAGGAAACACAAGUCAUAACGUUGGAUGGCUCUAAGCAGCUGACGGCAAUCCCAGACGAGACCUCGGAACAAGUAACACGAUGGGCCGCUGCCCUCGAGGGUUAUCGGAAAGAGCAGGAACAUCUCGGAAUUCCAUAUGAUCCAAUUCAGUGGUCAGUCGACCAGGUAUUGCACUGGGCCAUGUGGGUAAUGAAGGAGUUUGCCAUGAUUGACGUGGAUGUGAAGGAUCUGACCAUUAUGGGGAAAGACCUGUGUUCCCUCAGCCAGGAAGAGUUCCUGCAGAGGGUGCCGAAGGGAGAAAUUCUGUGGAGCCACUUGGAAUUGCUGAGGAAGUAUGUGUUGGCAAGCCAAGAGCACACGGGUGAAAUAGCGACUGUUACCAUUGACCAACCUGUCCAAAUAAUUCCUGCCACAGUGCAACCAGCAACUCCCACUACAAUUAAAGUCUUCACUGGAACGCCCAAGCCCGCCAAAGUCCCACGUGCUCCACGAAUCUCUGGUGAAGACAGAAGUUCUCCAGGGAACAGGACAGGCAAUAACGGGCAGAUCCAACUCUGGCAGUUCCUCCUGGAGCUUCUCACAGACAAGGAUGCACGGGACUGCAUUUCAUGGGUCGGCGAUGAGGGAGAGUUCAAGCUGAACCAACCAGAGUUAGUGGCUCAGAAGUGGGGUCAGCGGAAGAACAAGCCCACCAUGAACUACGAAAAAUUAAGUCGAGCGCUCAGAUAUUAUUACGACGGGGACAUGAUAUGCAAAGUCCAGGGGAAGCGAUUCGUCUACAAGUUCGUGUGCGACUUGAAGACGCUCAUUGGCUACAGCGCAGCAGAACUGAACCGCCUGGUCACAGAAUGCGAACAGAAGAAACUGGCCAAGAUGCAAAUCCACAGCAUGGCAGGACAGCCAGUCACCACGGUAACGCUGGCUGCGGCCUCGCUGCAGACUGACAAGGACAGUUGAAGGGUCUUGCCCAAGGCCUGUAGCUUGGUUUUGGGAGGGGCGGGGGGGAGGGGGAGGAGGGGGGUGGUGGUGUGCGCCCUUCUUCGCUUCUCUUGAGCGGCAUCUGUCCUCCUGUGUCCCGAUCGGGUCGAGCGGCUGGCUUCUUCCUCCCUGCUUCCGGGACUGUACAGUGUAUGCGUUGCCUCGAGGGGGAGGCUUGAGGCGGGAGCUCCAUGUCCCACUCUCUAAUUGUACACUGCAUCAGCAGUGCAGAAUGGGGCAGGCUUCAGCAGCAGACUUCAUGGUAUGUUUAAAAAAAAGUGUACCUGCUUCACCUUAUUCUAUCAAAUUUUUUGAGUUAUUUUUGCAGAUAUUUUUACCCUUAUGUGAAUUUUGAAUAAAAAAGGUAUACUCCAUUC